AUGCGGUCCGACGUGCACUCGGCGCUGCACAUGAGUAAGAGGCACCCGGAUCGCAGCCCAGAUAGCCUCACACGAAGCCUCCCUCUAAGCACCCUGUGCCCCUUACCUGCCCCCGUCUGGGGAAGUCUUUGCCACAGGAGGGCCAGCAAGCAGAUCAGGUGUCUUGCCAGCUGUGCCAUCCUCGCUUGGCACCGGGAUUGCACAGGGCGCUUCCCUGCUCUACUCGCUGCCAGAGGGGGCACCCCACACCCAACUCCGAUAGCGCCCAUCUGGCACCCAGGCAGCCCCGGCAGGAGGGGAUGCGAAGGGGCUUCCCUGAGCCGGACGCAGCACGCUCCGAUGGGUGACUGAGAGGAGAGGAGCGGGCUGCCCCAGAGCGGGGAAGGGAGCAUGCCCUGACUCUCCGUCCCGGACACUCAGCCUGUGGCACCCUCCAAAAUCUGGCACCCUGGCGUCCUGCACCACUAACAUUUAUGGGUAAGACGCCCCUGGAUAUGACAUAAGAAGAGCUUGCUGACUCAGGCCAAUGGCUCAUUUAGUCCAGCAUCCAUUUCUCACAGAGGCUGACUAGGUAAUAAUAAUAAUAAUAAUAAUAAUAAUAAUAAUAAUAAUUUAUUAGUUAUACCCCACCCAUCUGACUGAGCUUCCCCAGCCACUCUGGGUGGCUCCCAAUCAAGUGUUAAAAACAGUACAGCAUUAAAUAUUAAAAACUUCCCUAAACAGGGCUGCCUUCAGAUGUCUUUUAAAAAUGAGAUAGCUGCUUAUUUCCUUUACAUCUGAAGGGAGGGUGUUCCACAGGGUGGGCACCACUACCGAGAAGGCCCUCUGUCUGGUUCCCUGUAACCUCACUUCUCGCAUUGAGGGAACCGCCAGAAGGCCCUCGGUGCUGGAUCUCAGUGUCCGGGCUGGACGAUGGGGGUGGAGAUGCUCCUUCAGGUCUACUGGGCUGAGGCCGUUUAGGGCUUUCAAGGUCAGCAGCAACACUUUGAAUUGUGCUCGGAAACGUACUGGGAGCCAAUGCAGAUCUCUCAGGACUGGUGUUAAGUGGUCCCGGCGGCCACUCCCAGUCACCAGUCUAGCUGCUGCAUUCUGGAUUAAUUGUAGUUUCCAGGACACCUUCAAAGGUAGCCCCACGUAGAGCGCAUUGCAGUAGUCCAAGCGGGAGAUAACCACAGCAUGCACCACUCUGGCAAGACAGUCCGUGGGCAGGUAGGGUCUCAGCCUGUGUACCAGAUGGAGCUGGUAGACAGCCCCCCUGGACACAGAAUUAACCUGCGACUCCAUGGACAGCUGUGAGUCCAAAAUGACUCCCAGGCUAUCAACUUUUCCAUUUUCUUGCGAGGAAUCCUGUUCGGAAUAAGGGAAUUUCCCUUAAAAAAAGGGAAAUGUUGACAGCUAUGGACUAGGUGCCUAUGGGAAACCAGGGAGCAGGAUUUCAACACAAGAGCACCCUCCUCUCUUGUGGAUUACAAACAUUAAGAAAGCAUUGUCUAUGAUGCUUUCAUAAAUCUAAUUUAUGGUGUUGAGCAAGAUCUUAUCUAUAUGAACUUCAAAGGUGACUCCCGGUUAUUUCAGGUCGGCUCUCUCCACUUGCUAGCUAAUUCCAAAGAUAAUAGGAGAAGCAGACUGAGGUAAGACAUUGUGGUUGAAUAAUUAAGGUUUCCCGCUAGAUGUGAAUCAAUCCAGUUCAGUCCUAGAUCAGAGCUAGGCUUUGGCUCAGCAAAUAUGUUUUGUUCAGAGUGCUGGUUUCUGGGGGUUGGAAUCAGGACCCUUCUGCCUGGUUUCAGCUGCUCCCACUCUGGUAGAAAAAUGAUUUGUGUGCCCUGCCACCAUAAUUGUUCAUAACCUUAUAGGGAGUAGCCAUAAGGGAUUUUGUCCCCUUCCUUUCAAGUACGUGUUUACCCAACAUAGCAAUCAUUCUUUGUCAUCUUUCGGUGAAGCGCAGGUCAUUGCCGAGUAAACUAGCACAGGGUACAACAGAGAGAGUAGGGCCUUUCAUGGCUGGUGGUGGGGUGGAUGACGUCUGGCAGUGAUAUUUGGGGUGAUAUAAGCAUACCCAGGGACGCGGGCGGCGCUGUGGGUUAAACCACAGAGCCUAGGACUUGCCGAUCAGAAGAUCGGCGACGGGGUGAGCUCCCGUUGCUUGGUCCCUGCUCCUGCCAACCUAGCAGUUCAAAAGCACAUCAAAGUGCAAGUAGAUAAAUAGGUACCACUCCGGCGGGAAGGUAAACGGCGUUUCCGUGCGCUGCUCUGGUUCGCCAGAAGUGGCUUAGUCGUGCUGGCCACAUGACCGGGAAACUGUACACCGGCUCCCUCGGCCAAUAAAGCGAGAUGAGCGUCGCAACCCCAGAGUUGGUCACGACUGGACCUAAUGGUCAGGGGUCCCUUUACCUUUUAAGCAUACCCAUGUUUUCAUCCUUGCUUUCAUUUCAUUCUCAGGACCACAGUUUCAUUCUCAGGGACCAUAUCUCCCCAGAUUAACCAACACAGACCAUGCAAUCAUCAUUUAAGGAGCUUUUUUGCGUGCCUCCGCCAUGAGAGGUCAGGAGGGUGGCAACACAACAUUGGGCCUUUUCUGCGGUGGCUCCCUGCUUGUGGAAUCCCCUCCCAGGGGAGGCAUACUAUAGUAAAAAGCAAGAAUAAUACCCCCCCCACACACACACAGUUUAAAAGGUCAUAGGGUGUUUAAUUAGCCAAAGGCCUGGAAGAAAAGGAAUGUUUUCACUUGGCACCUUCAUAACAUAUCUUUAGGUGGCAGGCGAAAACAUUUCCCUUCUUCCAGGCCUUUGGCUUAUUAAACAAUCUAUGGCCUUUGAAAGGGAUGCAGGUGGCGCUGUGGGUUAAAUCACAGAGCCUAGGGCUUGCGAUCAGAAGGUCAGCAGUUCGAAUCCCCGUGACAGGGUGAGCUCCCGUUGCUUGGUCCCUGCUUCUGCCAACCUAGCAGUUUGAAAGCACAUCAAAGUGCAAGUAGAUAAAUAGGUACCGCUCUGGCGGGAAGGUAAACGGCGUUCUCGUGCGCUGCUCUGGUUUGCUAGAAGCGGCUUAGUCAUGCUGGCCACAUGACCCAGAAGCUGUACGCCGGCUCCCUCGGCCAAUAAAGCGAGAUGAGCGCCGCAACCCCAGAGUUGGCCACCACUGGACCUAAUGGUCAGGGGUCCCUUUACCCUUUACCUUAUGGUGUGUACACAGGCUAAGUGUAGUCCUUCAUUUUCCAGCACAUUCUCCAGCGCUUUUCUUUUUGAAAAAGUCUGAUCUGAGUGGGGGGAAGCAGGUUUGUUACACAAGACCUCCUGAUCAAAAAUAUUUGUGCAACCUUAAUUUGCCACUGUGUGAUCUGAGAACAAUGGUCUGGAACCACCUUUUCUUUGUGAAAGGUCCUUAUUUUGAAUGUGCAGUGCACAUUGUGUUGCAUAAAUCAUUUGACUAGUACAAAGCCUGCUCUGUCACAAAGAGCAAGGUCAGGACGGGGCUGGUACAUGACAUUCCACAAACCAAAGUUCAUGGGGAAAGAGUUAUAAACACCUUGAGGACACAGGCAGCACCCAGCCUCCACAACCAUAACAGCAAUUGGUUGGAAUUCUCCUGUUGGAAUCCUUUUCUACCAGCAACGAGGUUUUCUGCUGCCAGGGCAGAAUAUAUUGUUAAGUAAGGUUACCAGACAUCCCCGUUUCCCAGGGACAGUCCCCGGAUUUACAAAUCAGUCCCCUGACAAAAUACAUCUAUUUAGUAGGAAGUUGAAAUGUGUCCCCGGAUUCAUUGAAAAAAAUAUAUGGUAACCUUAUUGUUAAGUGCAACCCCAAUCUCAGAGCACUAUGAGAUACCAGCGCUUUCUCAGGGUUCUGUUUCCAUGAAAGGAAGGUGUUGUGACUUUAGGGAAUGCGGUUUUGCUUACAUAUAUAUUGUUACAAAAGUCAGGUGCCUGCACCUCCGGUGGCAAGAGCCCAUGGGGUCCUGGACACCCACACAAGGUCUGUGUUCCUUUGGAGAAUGGAAGGCAUGGCAGAGACUGUUGUGGCUUUAAGAAAUAUAGUUUAUUGACCUAUUUACACCUUCAGUCUGCAUGGAGGGAGUCCAGAUCUUAUAGCAUAAUCAUUUCAAGAGGGGCUUGCAUCCCUCAGCAGUGCAGGCAGCCUUCAGCCAACCUUCCCAAGAUGGAUCCCAGCUCCACUUCCUGCUCCUUCUUCCCUGUAACCCUUGCUCCAAGACUCCUUUUUUCUGCCACCUCAAACAUAACCCCCCAUCACCUUGGUAAUAUUGAUUCUCCAGGCCAAAUAAUUCCUCCCCGAUGGCCCAUCAACACCUUUUGUCAUGUUAACAGGUUUGCUCUUUACUAAACCAGCCAGGUUGGUUUGCAUAAACCAGCCCAGGAAUUCUCUGUCAGGCAUAGCUCUGCAGCUUUUACUUUAAUCCAUAUCACAAUUCAUCAAAAUCCUAGCAUUUAUUACCGUAUUUUUCGCUCCCUAAGACGCACCUGGCCAUAAGACGCACCUAGUUUUUAGAGCAGGAAAACAAGGGGGGGGGGGAAUCUGAAUCAAAUGUUGUACUCAACUAUUUAAAGCAGCAAAAUGGCGACUCCUGUCCACUUUGCUGCUUUAAAGCAAGCCACGGUAUGUAAUGAAGAGAAUGGGAAAAGGAUAGACAUUCCAUUACAAUGUAGUUGUAUUCAUUAUCACUGGGAGUUAGUAUUGGCAGCGGUCACAUGAACUUAAAUUUUGAGCAUUUUACUGUUAUUAAUCAAGAAUGGUAAUAGUCAGGGAGAGAAGCCAGGGCUGUGCAAAUGAGAAGUGCUUGGAGUAUGGAGGAACAGCAAAGAGAUCAAAUGAUUGCGCUCCAGUUCCUAAAUCUGUGAAGUUUUCUCAAAACAGGCAUAGUUGUUUUGAAAGGAAGAUUCAAAGAGUGGGAAAUGGAAUGAGAGGAGGAAAAGAGGGCAGAUAAAUAGCUUCUAUUCAAUACCAAGAGAAGACAAUGUUUUUGGUUUGGUAUAGGUGGACUAUACUUUGUAUAAUGAAUUAUAGAUUUGGAGUGGAAUAUCAGUGCCUCUUUUCAGCAAUAAAGGUUAGCUGCUAGGAACAUGGUCCACAAACAAACACACAGGAUGGCCAGUUACAAUUAAUUCUGCAAUAGCUGGGUGGAGGAAAUUAGCCAACAAUCUUCAGUUUGAACUUUUUUUAUGCACUAGAUAUCACUGUUUGGUUUAAAUUUAACUUGAAAAACAAAGGGGGGAAAGUCUCCUGCAAUGUCUAAACAAGGAAAUGCAUUAUUAUCACAUCUGACUGAACUCCAAAGUUCACUUAUUAUCUUUUUUUUUCAAAUGAUAUUUAUUAAUGUUUCAAAAAAAGGAUACAUAAAUAAGAGAGAGAAAAAAAUAAAAAAAGAAGAAUACAAAAUACAAAAAAAAACAAUUAAAAACAAUUCCAUCUUUUCAUCACUUCUCUUUCAUUUACUUAUUUCCCGGACCUCCUCAUACCUCCCUUUUUCGUAUUCCAGUUCAAUUUAUUAGUCCAGCAAUUCCUUUCCCUCCUUUUUAAUCCUAAUCUUUAAUCUUAAUAUAUUAUAGCAUUAGUUUUUUACGUAUUGAAAGUCCAAUUUUUCCAUAUUCUUUUAUACCAUUACAGCUAGAAACCACUUAACUUCAAUCCAACAUCAUUCUAACAUUCAUUAAUUUUACAAUAUUUCUGUAAGUAGUCUUUAAAUUUCUUCCAGUCUUCUUCCACCGACUCUUCUCCCUGGUCUCGGAUUCUACCAGUCAUUUCCGCCAAUUCCAUGUAGUCCAUCAUUUUCAUCUGCCAUUCCUCAAAGUUCACUUAUUAUCUUGCCCAGAUAGCACUGAUCAUAUGGAAAUAGUUGUGCAGUUUAAACUGUUACUGAGCCAGAUGCCUGCUCGGUUUUAGCUGAGCUCACUAUUACUGGUUUGUGGAGACGCUUUGCAUGUAUUUAUGACUAGUUCUGCAAAACUGCUACUUGAAGAAAUCCCCAAACUUAAUAUUUUUAAACUUCAAAUGGAGCUCAGGAUCCAGUUAGGCAAUUGCAGUUGAAUUAGGAGGCACUGAGAGACGGCAAUUUGCUGCUUUAAAGCAAGCCACGGAGGGCGGACGGAUGGUUUGUCCCUCCUCCGUGGCUCACUUUAAAGCAGCAAAGCCAACGGCUCCUGUCCGCUUUGCUGCUUUAAAGCAAGCCAUGGAGGAGGGAUGGACAGGAGCCGUGGCUCCCAAACCUUCCCAGGGUUUCAGGGGAGGCUGCCGGCAGAGCGGUGUGGCUCCCCACCCUAUUAGGAUAUAGUUCCGUUCCGCCUUAAAACGGAACAGGCAUGACUGUUGUCUGUCACAUGCCUGUUUACUUCCAGCACAGGCUUGCUGGGAACUUCCGUUUGUAUAUUGCUUUGCUGUCCUGCUGUUUGCUGGACACGAAAGGAAGCAGACAUGUUUUUUCCUAUAAAUAAUGCUUACACAUGUCUCUGUCCGCCACUUCCGUUGUGAGAAGAUUUAGUCACUCUGCUGAUAGAGCGUAUCUGAGGCUUGUGUCACUGUUUGAUGCUGUUCCACGGGAGACCAAUGAUCGCCCGGCCGCCGGCCAGUGGCUGGAGCCAGCUGGGGGUUUGCCUGAUGCUCCCAUCUCCCCGGCAGUAUCCCCACCCCCAAAUAGCAGCCCAGGAAUGUGGGGCAACGGCGCACAGCCUGCCCACCGCUCCCAAACCUCCCCGGGGCUUCAGGGGAAAGGGGAGGCCGCUGGCAACCUGGGAGGGCGGGGCAACGGCGUGCGCCACACUCGGGUGAUUUGGCUCCAGGGACCACACAUUCGCUCCAUAAGACGCACAGACAUUUCCCGUUACUUUUUAGGAGGAAAAAGUGUGUCUUGUGGAGCAAAAAAUACGGUAAUUUCUAGGGUUUAGAGAGGGUCCCCCCUUAAAUCUAUAACACCAUACAACACCUCAGCAUAGGAAGGAAAGACUCACAGCAUUAACACCGCAAAAGAUCCUGCUUCUCCAUUAAUAACAGUCAGGGGCAGCGUAUCCCCUGCUUGCAGUGAAACAGGAACAUGCUGCCCACCAUCUCUGUGGUCUCACCACUGGUGCCACGCCUCUCUAAUUUUUGUGGUGGCGCCCAGAGAGCACCGGCUUCCAGUGAGAUCUGGCGCUCUCUCGCUAAAAUCUCACAAGAUCUCAUGUGCUCUGGCUAUUGAAGUCAGACUAUUGAAGUCGUGAUUGAAGUGGACUGGCUGCAAAUGUGGCAGACAACAUGGAUCAACAUGGCCCUCUUGUUUUCCUGUUCCUGCCCAGAGACAUACAUGUAGUUUUAUUUUUAUCAAUCAAUCUUUAUUACGGUCCAGAGACCCAACAAAUCAUUACAAAGCAAUGCACAAUUCAUACAGUCUACCUCCAGGUUAAACAAGCAUUUUGUUCAAAAGAUAGGGAUCAUUGGUUCUUGCAACCACUGAUAAAAACUUUGCCACUGCUAAUGUUCUAGCGUUUGUCCGGUCUUCCAAUAGGAACCUGACAUAGUGAGCCUCUGAUUUUCCCAGGAAAGGUACCAGCAAGGGUAAUAUGAGUUCAACCCUGGCUUGCUCAUAUUUUGCACAGUGCAGCAAAAUAUGUUUUAUGGAAUCGAUGUCUUGAGCACACGAGCAAAGUCUGUCCUGGUAGGGAACUCCUCUCAACCUGCCAUCCAACACUGCAGAAGGAAAGACAUUUAGUCUGGCUUUGGUGAAAAGCCUUCGAUAAUUUGGUUCUGUCGGGUUUUUAAUGUAAGAUGUUAACUUAAAGACAUGCCCAUAUUUUACUCCAACUGCCAGCGGACCAUGGACUGCGUGUGAUCGAGAUCGCAAGUCACUGUGUGCAUUAUCCCAUAAUCUUUGCUUUAACGUCUUUAGGGUGCCUUCAUAACCCAGGUAAUAGGGGGUUACAGACCAAUAGAGGUGGCUUUUCUAGCCAUGGUUUUCUGCCAUUUUAGUCUUUUAGUCGUGUCCAACUCUUUGUGACCCCCUGGACCAGAGCACGCCAGGCACUCCUGUUUUCCACUGCCUCCCGCAGUUCGGUCAAACUCAUGCUGGUAGCUUCGAGAACACUGUCCAACCACCUCAUCUUACAUUCCAGGUUCCUAUGCAAUAUUUUUCUUUACAGCAUUGGACUUUUCUUUCGCUUCCAGGCAUAUCCGCAACUUUCGGCUUUGGCCCAGCCACUUCAUCAGCUCUGAAUCUACUUGUACUUGUCCUCCGCUCUUCCCCAGUAGCAUGUUGGACGCCUUCCGACCUGAGGGGCUAAUCUUCCAGCGUCAUAAUUUUUAUAUGCCUGUUGUCUUUGUCCAUGGAGUUUUCUUGGCAGGGAUACUGGAGUGGCCUGCCGGUUCCUGCUCCAGGUGGAUUACGUUUGGUCAAAACUCUCUACUAUGACCUGCCCAUCUUGGGUGGCCCUGCACGACAUAGUUCAUAGCUUCUCUGAGUUAUUCAAGCCCCUUCGCCACGGCAACGCAGUGAUCCAUGAAGGGGACUCAUACAAUGCAAUGUAACUAAUAAAGAACUUCAUUUGGGGGGGUGUUAAAAGAAAAGAGGGACGCGGGUGGCGCUGUGGGUUAAACCACAGAGCCUAGGACCUGCCGAUCGAAAGGUCGGUGGUUCAAAUCCCCACGGCGGGGCGAGCUCCGGUCGUUUGGUCCCAGCUCCUGCUUAUCUAGCAGUUCGAAAGCACCUCUAAGUGCAAGUGGAUAAAUAGGGACUGCUUUCUAGCGGGAAGGUAAACGGCGUUUCCGUGUGCGGCGCUGGUGCUGGCUUUCCAGAUGCAGCUUCGUCACGCUGGCCACGUGACCCAGAAGUGUCUUCGGACAGCGCCGGCUCCCGGCCUCUUGAGCGACAUGAGCGCGCAACCCUAGAGUCGGUCACGACUGGCCCUGAUGGGCAGGGGUACCUUUACCUUAAAAGAAAAGCAGUGGAUAUAGUUAAUGAAACUUUAUCUGAAGUCUCAGAUACAUCAAGCCACGUGCACCAUUUUAUAUGCCUUUCUGCUACCAUGUGUAGAAUGAGUAUCCUAUGUUGAAAUGGAAACCAUUCCCUGGGAAAUGUAACCUUCUUGCGCAAAAGUAUGAUUCCCAAGGGCCCAGUUCCAAAUUACCCAAUCCUGCUAGCAUGGUAAAAUUCAGAACUGUGUCGUGCAAUAUUCACCUCUGGUAAUCCCUUUCCUCUCCCCAUUCCUGGGAAAGGAUUAAGCGAUAUGUUAGCUCGAUCACACCCAUGUAAUGCCAACACCCAUCUGCAAAGCCUCAGGUGAUUCGUGACUUACCUUCCUCAUGUGUACAUGAUGUAGGUCAAACACCAAGGCAAGGGGAACACAGGAAACCUAAAAUAGGGGUAGAUAAGAUACAGCGUGUCCUUUGUUCGGGGUUCUCUUACCUGUCGGCUUCAGCCAUGGGGGGAAUCCUGUUGCAACUGUAUAUCCUAAUAAAGAAAAUACUGCUUCUGAUAUUUUGGUCUCGGACUCCUUUCAUUCAUAAUCACAAGGGGCCCUUGGAAGAUCUACACAGCUUCUUUGAGCGCGGGAGAGAGCUUAACUGGACACUUUCUCUCUCUCUGGGUUUUCGUAUAUCACUGACGAAAACAGGGGCAGAGAUUGCUGGUGUUUGUUUAUUUGCCCCAUGUCAGAACGGAAACCAACCCAGCAAUUGAAAUCAGGACUGUAUUUGCUGCUGCUGCUGCUAUUGUUUUCAGUCCACAAACGGUACACAAUCGAUUUCUUCUUUCCACACUUUGCACUGUGUUUGCUUUGCACGGAAUAAUGUUACAUGAAAUUUUGCCGUAGUGGCAGCGGGAUGAAUAACGUAGUUUCUGUCGAAAUAGCUGGAUUGCAGUGGAACAGAAACGACGGUACAUGUGACAAAUACAGGGGUGGAGCAGAAAUUGGUGGCUGACUGGUGGCUUUUUUACGUCCCUAGUUGGAGCAUGCGUAGAUUGAACCUUGCCAACUCAUUAGUGGUUCAGAAUGGAUCCAUACCAGUGGGACUGGAUCCCUUACCCUCAUCACUGGCCUUGUAUUUGAUUCUGCACUGUAGUGGGAUAUGUUGUUGUUGUUGUUGUUGUUGUUGUUGUUGUUGCAGUUUGUGCAGACUUGUUUAUCAAUCAGAUGUGGCUUUUCCUGGUUGUGUUUUCUUAAGUUUUAAAAAUGCUAAAAGAGGGAGAAAUGAAGGGAUGGGGAAGAAUCAUAUGGAACUUCAUUAAGGGGAAGAACCAAAUUAUGAGAAGCAGUUGAUGUGGGCUUCCUUUAAAGGUGUUAAAUUGAAGCCCCGUCAUAUCACAACACUUUAAACAGCCAUCACUUCCCCCCAAGAAUCCUAGGAACUGUGAUAAGGGUUGUUAGGAAACCCCUAUUCCCCUAUAAUCCCUGGGGAAAGGGAUGGAUUCUUAAAUCACUCUGGAAAUUGUAGAAUAGGGGUCUCCGAACAACUCUCAGCACCCUGAACAAACCACAGUUCCCAAGAUUAUAUGCAGGACGAAGCCGUGACUGUAUAAAAUGGCAUGGUACUGUUUUAAAUGUCUAUAGGUUCCUAGUUCAAAUUUUGAGUGAUGUAUCCCUGGCAAGUAUAUAGUGAUGGGGACGGGGGUGGAGCUGUGGUCUGAACCACUGAGCCACUUGGGCUUGCCAAUCAGAAGGUUGGCAGUUCGAAUCCCUGCGAUGGGGUGAGCUCCCGUUGCUCUGUUCCAGUUCCUGCCAACCUAGCAGUUUGAAAGCACGUCAGUGCAAGUAGAUAAAUAGGUACCACUGUGGCGGGAAGGUAAACGGUGUUUCCGUGUGCUCUGGCUUCUGUCACGGUGUUCUGUUGCACCAGACGUGGUUUAGUCAUGCUGGUCACAGGACCCGGAAAGCUGUCUGGGGACAAAGGCCAGCUCACUCGGCCUGAAAGCGAGAUGAGUGCCGCAACCCCAGAGUCGCCUUUGACUGGACUUAACUGUCCAGGGGUCCUUUACCUUUUUACUGGACUGCAAGUAGAUCAAACCUAUCCAUUCUUAAAGAAAUCAGUCCUGAGUGCUCACUUGAAGGACAGAUCCUGAAACUGAGGCUCCAAUACUUUGGCCACCUCAUAAGAAGAGAAGACUCCUUGGAAAAGACCCUGAUGUUGGGAAAGAUGGAGGGCACAAGGAGAAGGGGACGACAGAGGAUGAGAUGGUUGUUCAGUGUUCUUGAAGCUACCAGCAUGAGUUUGACCAAACUGCGGGAGGCAGUGGAAGACAGGAAUGCCUGGUGUGCUCUGGUCCAUGGGGUCACGAAGAGUUGGACACAACUAAACGACUAAACAACAACAGCAACACCACCUACUGGUGAGAGAUGCUGUUGCUGAGGUUGCAGAAACCACCUCCAGAUAAACCCAAGCUUGUAUUGCUGUAAUAAUGUGUAACAAUGCUGUUUGAGAGAGAGAUUACAGACGCGUCUCAAGCCAAAAGUCAGAGGCUGUGCACAGAGUAGCUAAAUGGGUGAGUAAAACCAGAGAUGGCUGUGCAAGACAAACCCACAUAUAACUAAAAAAUCAUACAUAUAGAUAUUUUCAUGGUGCAACCCUAUGCAUGUUUGCACAGCUGCAAUUCAGUGGGACCCUACUCCUGGGUAAGGAAGUGGGGAGAAUUUCAGUUCAGUUUCAAACCUAUGAAAUUCAACAUUUGCAAAACAGUGUGAAAAUCAAAGCACAGCCAUUCUUUGAAAUUCAUACCCGCCUGAGUUUGGCGAUGCAGUUAUUCCAUCAGAGUGCGCCAAAAAAAGGGCAUAUAUUUGGAGAAAGUAUUCAUAAAACAGAUGUAUUAGUGAAAAUAACGCACAAAAGUACAUUGCACGAGGAGAAUUUGCUUGCAAAGAUGUGUACAUUGGUACAAAACGACACACAAAAGUGUGUUCAUUAGAGAUCCACGCCAAAAUCCUGGAGAAAGUUUGUGAGGAUUUCGUUGUUGUUGUUGUUGUUAAUUGCUGUAGAAAUGUGGAGAACUGAAUUUAAGAUUGGGAAACAGAAAAGUCCUUAUCAAAUCCAUCCUCGUUUUAGUGCAGAUGGGCAGAGUUUUGCACACAGAGAGGAAAUGGUCAAUUAACAUUGUCCAACAACUUUAGUAAGCCAAAUAGAAGGUGUGAACUGAGGAGAAGCUUCCUUUUUCUCUCUCCAAAAUCUGUCAACAGAGAAAUUCUAGCCUGCAUUUCCACCAAGCAGAAAUCAGUUAUGCCCAUGCAAGGCUGGGCAUCCAUUUUCCAUCCCUAGCCCCCAACAUACCUGCCUCCUGCAGCCCCCAAUAACCCAUUCUAUUCCAGAAGGGACACCCCACCCUCACCCCCAGUUCUCGGAAGCAUAUUUUUGGGGAGAAGGCAGGGUGGUGAUGCUCAGCUGCAGUAGGUAGUGGGGUUCAUUAAAAAAAUCAAGGCCUCGUCUUGCACAAAGAGAAGUGGUUUCUGCAAGUGCAAAGCCCCCUAUUGGGAAAAAAUGCAACCCCGUCUGAAAUAGAGGUGCUUGAGAUUUGAGAAGGCAACUGGCCUGAAAUGGAAAAGCUGGAUUAUUUUAGCAGGCACACUGGCUUUUUAAAGAAACCAGCAUUUUAUUCCUAGUCUGUUGCCAACUCUUGGAAUAGCAACCCAAGUUUGGGCAGGGUUAUGAGCUCUGCUCCUAAUUCUGAUUGGGCAAACAGGCUAAAAAUGCUUCGGGGCAGGAAUGGGACAGGAGUGGGGGCUUCUCUUUCUCAAGAGCAAAAUGGCCAGAACUGGACAUUUUCUCUGUAGCUUUAGAAUGGCAACUUUAAGAGCUUGAGCUUGAUUUCCCCUCCUCCCUCCCAUUCCUUCUUUCCUUGUGUGUCGUGCCUUUUUCGCUUGUGAGCCUGUAAGCAGGGACCGUCUUAAAACUGAUUUUUUUGUUUGUCACCACUGCCUUAGAAUAUCAGUUGUUGGGGAAACACAAAUAGAACAGGGUUCAAUUGCUUGAACACCGAGCUCUGCUUCUUGUUUAUGGCCUAAGUAUGGGUAACAAAAAAGGGAUGCGGGUGGCGCUGUGGGUUAAACCACAGAGCCUAGGACUUGCCGAUCAGAAGGUCAGCGGUUCGAAUCCCUGCGAAAGGGUGAGCUCUCGUUGCUCGGUCCCUGCUCCUGCCAACCUAGCGGUUUGAAAGCACGUCAAAGUGCAAGUAGAUAAAUAGGUACCACUCCGGCGGGAAGGUAAACGGCAUUUCCGUGUGCCAGAAGCGGCGUAGUCCUGCUGGCCACAUGACCCAGAAGCUGUACGCCGGCUCCCUCAGCCAAUAAAGCGAGAUGAGCGCCACAACCCCAGAGUCAGCCACGACUGGACCUAAUGUUACCUUUAUGGGUAACAAAGGAAGUGGCUCUGUGCCAGAGGGCAAAUGGGUGCCCAGGACAAAAGGUUGAGUUGAGGUAUGUGAAUGCUGGGCUGGAAGCAGGCUGCAGGCAGAUGUCCAAGAGGGAGAGACAUGCUUGAUUUCUGCUGGAAUCCAAGGCUGGGAGGAAACAAGAGCUUCUUGGGGUGUUCAUGCUGUGAGCGUCUCAGGCUCAAGUUGUAUAGAUGUUUAAGUAAACCAUAUAUCAUAAAGACACCACAGUCUCUGCUGACCCUCAUUCCAAGGAAAACAAACCCUUGCAAAGCGCCAGGAACCCCUGGAAUCUUGCACCGCUCAGAGAUUGGGGUGGCUUGCAACAUUACGUUCUUUUCUCCCUGUCAUUGUGCCAGUCAAACUUGGAGCCUCCCCGAAACUGGAUUCAGUUUAAAAAAGAAAAGGAAAGCAACUGCAAAUAACAUAUUGUCUGAACAUUGCAACAUUUCACAAGAGCACAGAGCGAACUGCCGCAGCUUUGAACUCUGUCCUUUCGUCUUUAAUCUCUUGCUAUCUGUAAGCACUGCAGAAAGUCACAACCUGUAAAGCAGGGAGUGCCUUUGGGGUGAAAUUAUAAUUGCACUGCAGAGAUAAGCUAUCACAAAUACCUAGAAGUAAAUUUAUGAUGACAAUCCGUGGCACGUAACGCUAGUUCUCCUCAGGGCCAGAUUUAGGUUUGAGGAGGCCCUAAGCUACUGAAGGUAAUGGGGCCCUUUAGAUGUCCAGCUGUCCUUUGUCAACAACAAAUUGUCGCUGGGUUUUUUUUGUGUUGAAUAUAAUAAUAAUAAUAAUAAUAAUAAUAAUAAUAAUAAUAAUAAUAAUUUAUUAUUUGUACCCCGCCCAUCUGGCUGGGUUUCCCCAGCCACUCUGGGCGGCUUCCAACAAAGAUGAAAAAUACACUAAAAUGUCACAUAUUAAAAACUUCCCUGAACAGGGCUGCCUUCAGAUGUCUUCUGAAUGUCAGGUAGUUGUUUAUCGCUUUGACAUCUUGUGGGAGGGCGUUCCACAGGGCGGGCGCCACUACCGAGAAGGCCCUCUGCCUGGUUCCCUGUAACUUGGCCUCUCGCAGUGAGGGAACCGCCAGAAGGCCCUCGGAGCUGCACCUCAGUGUCUGGGCAGAAAGAUGGGGGUGGAGAUGCUCCUUCAGGUAUACUGGGCAGGUAUACUGGGCAGAGGCCGUUUAGGGCUUUAAAGGUCAGCACCAACACUUUGAAUUGUGCUCGGAAACGUACUGGGAGCCAAUGUAGGUCUUUCAGGACCGGUGUUAUAUGGUCUCGGCAGCCGCUCCCAGUCACCAGUCUAGCUGCCGCGUUCUGGAUUAGUUGUAGUUUCUGGGUCACCUUCAAAGGUAGCCCCACAUAGAGCGCAUUGCAGUAGUCCAAGCGAGAGAUAACCAGAGCAUGCACCACUCUGGCGAGAGUGGUAAUAUGGUAAUUUAUGGACCUAAUAGGAGACUGCACAACACAAGACACUGUUGCUGUAUGUAGGUUUUAUUUUAUUUGUCUUUUAUCUUAUAUUUUGGAAAUGUACAUCCAGGUUUUUUUCCUUUAAAUUUUUUGGGGGCCCUCAAGGGAGUGGGGCCCUAAGCUAUAGCUUGUUUAGCUUAUACGUAAAAGAUGUGGGUGGCACUGUGGGUUAAACCACAAAGCCUAGGACUUGCCGAUCAGAAGGUUGGCGGUUCGAAUCCCCACGACGGGGUGAGCUCCCAUUGCACGGUCCCUGCUCCUGCCAACCUAGCAGUUCAAAAGCACGUCAAAGUGCAAGUAGAUAAAUAGGUACCGCUCUGAUGGGAAGGUAAACGGUGUUUCCGUGCACUGCUCUGGUUCGCCAGAAGUGGCUUACUCAUGCUGGCCACAUCACCCGGAAGCUGUAUGCCGACUCCCUCGGCCAGUAAAGCGAGAUGACCCCAGAGUCGGUCACGACUGGACCUAAUGGUCAGGGGUCCCUUUACCUUUAUCUAAAUCCAGAACCGGCUCUGCUCUGGGUAGACUCAUUGAAAUGAAUGGACAUGGCUAACUUUCACAGAAUCACAGAAUCAAUGGGUCCCAAUGAUCAUUUAGUCCAACCCCCUGAAAUGCAGGAAUCUUGAACCCACGACCUUGAGAUUAAGAUGCUCUACUGACUGAGCUAUCCUCUGAGAUAAAUGGGUCUUCUCUGAGAAGGGCUAUUCUGGGAUACAACCCAUGGAUGGAUUCUAAGUUUAAUACUUGUCUAUUUCUCAUCACUUGUUGCAGCAAUAUUUUAUCACUUUUUUGGGGGGGGGGUUAGCCCAGUGAACACUAAUUGCAUUUCUACUUUAUUGCAGAACCACCUCAUGCAGUGAAUUGUUCUCUUUUCCCCUCACCCCAUUUCCCCCCGCAGCAUUGCAGUACAGUGGUACCUCGGGUUAAAUACUUAAUUCGUUCCAGAGGUCCGUUCUUAACCUGAAACUGUUCUUAACCUGAGGCACCACUUUAGCUAAUGGGGCCCCCCGCUGCCACCGCGCCGGCGGAGCACGAUUUCUGUUCUCAUCCUGAAGCGAAGUUCUUAACCCGAACACUAUUUCUGGGUUAGUGGAGUCUGUAACCUGAAGUGUAUGUAACCUGAAGCGUAUGUAACCCAAGGUACCACUGUACUCAUUUACCUUGUUCUCCCAACACACACAGCACGGGACUCGAAUAUUUUGUUGUUUGGUGCUAAAAAUAAACUUUCAGGCUUUCUCCUGCUCCUUCCCCCCUCUUCCCCCCAAAAAUCAUCUGGGAAAGGCUUUCAGUCACCUCUGGCAUACAGAAUUCCUUUUGCAAAACUUUUUGCCGGUGUCCGAAUGGACAUAACCUUUGGGGGCAGGGAAAAGGUAAGAGUUCAGUCACCUAGGUGAGGUGAAGCAAUCACAGACAGCCUUUUGCAGCCUCCUUUGUUUCCCCAGUUGUGUAACAGUUUGCUGAAGAACAAGCAUCAGAUGGGGGGGGGGGAUCAAUUUGGGGGAGGGUGAUGGUUCGGCUUCUUUGCUUAAAUGGGUGGCUACCUAAGUAAACACUAAUUUCCAAUUAGAACGCGAUUCCAGAGGAGGGAAGAUCAGAGAGCAUUUGGCUGCGUCCUCCAUAGUCUGUGCACUGGCACAAAUCAGAGUUGGGAUUGGGAUGGAAACCUCUUAGAUCAGUGGUCCCCAAUUAAUGGUCUGGGGACCCCUGGGGGGGUCUGAGGAAUGCACCUAGGGGGUCCGCAGCUGCAUCCCUUGCUUCCCCCAACUAAAUUUCUGUCAUUUUUGCAUGGUAAGAUCACACAUUUUACGGUCUGUUUUAUCGCUGUGUGAUUUUUUUCAAUACAGUGGCCAAAAUCCAUUCUAAAAUCACACCGCGAUAGAGCGGAUGCUCAGGUUGCGAAUGUGUUCCAUGCGCAUAGCUGUCAACUUUUCUUGCGAGGAAUCUUAUUCGGAAUAAGGGAAUUUCCCUUUAAAAAAGCGAAACGUUGACAGCUAUGUCUGUGCGGGAGGCACGUUCGCAACCCGCAGCGUUCGCAACCCAUGCCUGCGCACACGCGGGUUGCAAUUUGGCGCUUCUGCGCAUGCGCGACCGCCGAAACCCGGAAGUAACCCAUUCCGGUACUUCUGGGUUUCGGCGGUCCGUAACCCAAAAAAACGCAACCUGAAGCGUCUGUAACCCGAGGUAUGACUGUAAUGGUUUUGACCCGGCAAUACAUCGCUCCUUGCAUGAGGGAGAGCAGGCCAGCUGAUUCCAAGGCGCCACUGAUAUCACACGAUGAUAACGUUGCUUAUCUGAGCCUCGAGGUGUUGCCUUCCCCUAAUGCUGACAGAGAACAGGGCAGCUAAUUGCAGCUAAAGGCACCGUGGCGCCACCUUCCCCUGGCACUGAGGCCAAGCAGCUAUUCUCAGUCAGCAGUAAAGCAGCAGGUGAUUCAGCGCCUCCAGGACUGCUUCUUCCCUCAUCCCCAUGCUUAUAUUUAUAAAAUUUCCGGUUCUCAAAUCCAUCUUUUAUUGAGAAUUUUUAUGUUUACUUCUUCUUUUUUUUGCAAUUGUAGAACUCCAAGGAUCAUCCAGUCCAGGCAUCCCCAAACUCGUCCCUCCAGAUGUUUUGGGACUACAAUUCCCAUCAUCCCUGACCACUGGUCCUGUUAGCUAGGGAUGACGGGAGUUGUAGUCUCAAAACAGCUGGAGGGCUGAGUUUGGGGAUGCCUGAUCCAGUCCAACCCCCUGCCAUGAAGGAAUUAUCAGCUAAAGCAUAAUUAGAAUUAAACAUUCUUUUCCCACGAUCCUUUGUUAAUUGUUUCUCACCGGUUGUUGUUGGGUUUUUUUUGCCACAAAUCUGGUGUGUUUAUGUAAGGCACCCUGGAGGUUCUUUUACUUAAAGUUAAUUAACUUUAGAACUAAAUAAAUAAAUAGAAUUGUAGAGAUGGAAUGGACCCUGGAGGUCAUCUAAUUCAACCCUUUGCAACGCAGGAAUUAUCAGCUAAAGCAGUGGUUUUCUUCCAGUGUGCCGUGGCACCCUGGGGUGCCUUGAAUGAUAGUCAGAGGUGCCGUGGGCAACACUGGCCUCUGUCCCUCAGGGACAGGGGGUGGCAGCUUAGAGAUCAGGGGCGGCAGCUGCGGCUGCACUCUCCGAAGGAGAGGGGAGAGGAGGCUAAGGGGACACUCCACAAUGGAGGGUGUUAAAAAAAAAAAAGGUGUGUUGCCGCCAGCUCUGCAUGCAAGGGGUCAUAUAACUUGGCUCCUGAGCCCCUCAUGGGUGCCACAGAAAGAAUGUAGGAGCCGUGGAUUCAAAAAUGUUGAAGACUAUUGAGAGUCCCAUAGAGGAGAAGGGCACAAGGAGAAGGGGACGACAGAGGGCGAGAUGGUUGGACAGUGUUCUUGAAGCUACCAGCAUGAGUUUGACCAAACUGCAGGAGGCAUUGGAAGACAGGAGUGCCUGGCGUGCUCUGGUCCAUGGGGUCACGAAGAGUCAGACACGACUAAACCAUGGCUGUCAACCUUCCCCUUUUUUUGCGGGAAAUUCCCUUAUUCCAGCGCCGUUUUCCACUGCUAUCCCGGAUUGUUAGAUAUCCUCUAGACUGUCCCCAGGACAGGUGAGGCUGCUGAUCCCUUAUUUUCAAAUCUGAAAGUUGACAGCUAUGGACUAAACAACAAAAGCAUCCAUGGCAGAUGGAACAUCCACCCUGUGCUUAAAAACCUCCAAGGGAGGCAGCUCUUACUGCCAGAAAGUUAUUCCUGGUGUUUAGUUGGAAUCUCAUUUCUUGUAACUUGAACGUGGCUCUGCUGCAUCACAAAGCACAUUUAUUUCCUACCUGUCCUACAAGAAACUCAAGGAAACAUAUGUGGUUCUCUCACCUCUCACACACAACAACUUUGCGAGGUAGGUUAGACCAGAGAGAGAGAGAGAGAGAGAGAGAGAGAGAGAGAGAGAGACUGGCCUAAGGUCAUCCUUUUUGGUUCAGUGUUCAAUGACCGGGGAUGGUUGUGGUUUUUUUUAAAAAAAAUUAUUAAAGAUUUUCUUGUUUUACAGAAGUAAGUGUAAUGUCUCUCAUAUUUUUUCCAUGUAACAUUUUUACAAAUCCGUUUCAUUAGUUGAGCCAUUAGGGGGAGGGGGGAAAAAAGAAGGGGUGGAGGGAGGGAAGAUGGGUGGGGGUGGGGUCGGGUGGCGAUGUUUCUGUUAUGCUUAAUGUAUGUGGGGUUUGGUGUCAGCGUUGCUUGUGAUGUUCACUUGUGUUCCUUUGGUGGUGAGAGAGGUUGGGGUUGGCCUAGGGUGUGGUUGUUUGUUUGUGAUUGGCUGUGGUGGACUUUGUUUUCAUGUGUGAGUGAGGUGGGUAAGUGUUUUUGGAUCAGGUACACCACAAAGAACUCAUAACCCACCUACUUUCAGCAGCCAGAAACACCAUAACCAGACACUGGAGAGACCUGUCAGGAGUAAGCAUGGACCAAUGGUACCAAAUAGUAUGGGAAACAGCCCUACUAAUAAAAUUAAACAAUAAACCGAAACUGACACGGGGACAAACAGAAGAAGACGCCUUCACCCCGGUAUGGCUCCCCUUUAUCACAUACACAGCCCAACAAGACAACGACAAUAAUCCACCAACAGCAUACAAACCGGGGAUAGAUUUUGAACCUUGGCCAUCAAGGUCUUGCACGGCACUAGCUCACGCUACACGUGUAGAGCAGGCCUCCUAUUCUCACAUAAGGCUUGCACCUUCUUAAUAAAUAUUUCACUUCCAAUAAAACAGCAGAGCUGGCCUUCCUUAAACCCAGCAGAGGAAGGGGGUAAAGUCCAUAGCCCAGCGGGCAUGCCCUGCUGGCAUCUCCAGGCAGGGCAGGGAAAGAGUCGCUGCCUAAAACCGCCUGGAGAGAUGCUGCCAGUCCGUGUAGGCAACACUGGGCUAGAUAGACCAACGAUUUCAUUCAGAAAAAAAGGCAGCUGCCUAGGUUCCUUCGCUAUGAUUGGCCAGGAUACAGUGAUCGACAUUUGAAAAGCGCAGCGGGGGAGGGAGGAAAACCCCGUCCGGCCCACCAAUAGGGGGAAGCUUUCUAGCAGCGCAAUGCUUUCUGGGAGUUGUAGUUUCCACAAGUGACAAUAAAGUAUUUAAUUUCAUUUCAUUUCUGCAGCCUCUGCAACGUUCAGGGUGGGAAGGGCAGGAGCAGCCUUUCUCAACCCGUGGAUCCCCAGAUGUUGUUGGACUACAACUCCCAUCACCCCUAGCGAGCAAGGCCAGGGCUCAGGGAUGAUGGGAGUUGUAGUCCAACGACAUCUGGGCACCCACAGGUUGGGAACUGCUUCGCGCAGUAGCUCCGGGGGCUCCGUCGUCCGAGCACCGGGACGGCUGCUGGGGUGAGACUGGGGUGCAAGGGGGAAAUUAAACCCCAAGGAGAAGUGAGUGGGGUUUUUUUCGGGGGGGAGGGAUUACCUUUUAAGCAAGUUGUAAAGAGAACGGGCAGGUGCUUUUUAAACAGGGAUUAUCUGACUGGGGGAAACUCCGUUAAUUGCAUUCCUAUUUGACGCUUAUGCCCUACUUUGCUCUAGGCUGCGUGCAUGUGGAUCUGCUCCUUAAUCCUCGGAAAACCGCCCUGCAAGGUAGGCGAGGUGUUGCUGGUCGCCCAGGGAGCGUCAUGGCCAUUGCACGGAUUUGAACCCGUGUCCGGCCCUCCAGCCACUUGUCAGCUGCGCUUGAUGGCACAAUCGAAGGGUUUCUCUCUGAGUCGCUGCUGUUGUAAGAAAGGCAGAGUCCAGCCUUCUUUUCUCCUUAUGCCACCCUCUGGCCCAAGAAAGUAUUAUUAUUAUUAUUAAACGAUCCUUUCUUUAGAUUAUUCUUCGAUGCGACGGCUGGGCUCCGUUCCGCUUGGGAAAUGUUUUAUAUUAUGUGAAAUGCAUAGGAAGGGAAGCCGCCCAUAGCAGAACAGUGCAAUGGCACAUUUACCGGUAUAUCCUCAGGCAAACUGUUUUGAGGAAGGAGAGAGUUUGUUGAAAAAAUAAAGUCCUAAAGCAUUCGAUGGAGUUGUACUCCCAGCCACUUAUCAAUAAAGAAAUAAGAUUUAUAUUGCAAGGUGUAUAUUGUAAACUGCCAGGGGAUCUUUAUUUAGGAUUUUACCCCUAUACUGCCACGGGGGCCGGAUUAAAUCGACCGUCAGGCCGGAUUAGGUCCCCAAAGCAGACUUGGACAUGUCUGACCCACGAGGUCACUAAGAGAAAAGUGAGGCAGUGGAUGUAUAAAUGUCUAUCUGGCUUUGAACAGACGGUACCACUGAAUCAAGUUCCCAAAUUUUGCUGAAUUGAUUAAACUAAAUACACAGUUCCAACUGGGUUUUGAAUAAAAGUGCAAUUAAUUGCUACUGCCUUGAAUUUUAUUGGGUUAUUAUCUUCCUUAGCGGGUUGUGCAGGAUGCUGUUGUGGAUUAAAAAAAAAAAUUUAGUAGGGUAGGGGGAUGAGUUUGGGAACCCUUGCUCUUUGAUGUUCCACAUUCACCUUGACUCCUCUGCUGCCGUGACCUCACUUGUGUCCCCCACCCCAAAAUAUCCUCUGUCUCUUUUCGUGCUGCUUCCCUGAGCACUGAGGUGACCAGGGGACCAGCAACAAUCUGGUUUUCCUUGCAGCCCAGCAAUCUUUCACAAUAUGGUGCCCAAUUUUGGAUCUUCUCAAUUACUGGUCUUCUCAAUUUUGUGCCUCCUCGACUCAGCACCCUCUGCGGGGGAACCGCCCUAAACCUGGCGCUGCCUGCUUCAUUUAUCCUACCCAAUAGCUAGUAUUGUAUUCAAAUUAACUCUGCCCAGUUUCCGCUUAUGAAUUAAAUACUGUGGGCGCCAUAUUGCCCCUCCCCAUUCAUAGAAACAUAUGCGUUCCAUUUUCAAGCACUCCAUGGAGCUACGCAAGCUUUCUCCAUGUGAGAGGAUAGACUGAGAUGAAGGGGCCUGGUAUGCAAUAAGGCAUCCCUAUAAAAUAGUCACAGAUUUGGUAUCUUCUAUGGUAACCCAUAGACGCGGGUGGCGCUGUGGGUUAAACCACAGAGCCUAGGGCUUGCCGAUCAGAAGGUCGGCGGUUCAAAUCCCCGCAACGGGGUGAGCUCCCGUUGCUCGGUCCCUGCUCCUGCCAACCUAGCAGUUCAAAAGCACGUCAAAGUGCAAGUAGAUAAAUACAUACCGCUCCGGCGGGAAGGUAAACGGUGUUUCCGUGCACUGCUCUGGUUUGCCAGAAGCGGCUUAGUCAUGCUGGCCACAUGACCUGGAAGCUGUACACCGGCUCCCUCGGCCAAUAAAGUGAAAUGAGCGCCACAACCCCAGAGUCAGCCACAACUGGACCUAAUGGUCAGGGGUCCCUUUACCUUUUAUGAUAACCAUGGUCUUGCAAAUCCCUGGAAGAAUUAGACAAGCAGAUCUAUGGAUAAGGUGUUGUAUGAUUAGAUUGAGGGACAUGUUUGGUUCUGCAAACAAAUUUCUUCCUCCAAACUUUUCCCCACAGUCCAAGUAACUUCUCUGUAACAGGAAUAUAAUUCACCUAGUGUAUUGAGAGCGGUUAAAAUAAUGUUCCUUCUAUAGUGGAGCUGAGGAACCUCAGGCCUGGCGGCCCCCAACACCUCUCCAUUUGGCCCUUGGAACUCCCUAGGCAACACCCCCUCACUGCUCUCCUUUAAUGCUUUUGUCUUGUUAGACUGUAUCUUUGACCUGUGAUAUUAUUUCCUGGGUUGCUGGUAUCAAUAUUUGUAUUAUUGUUCUGUCUGUCUAGGUUUGAAAUACCAUGUGAAGUGUUCAUGCAUUUGUGUAGUUUAUUACAACAAAAUUAGAAAGUAAACGUAGCUGGGAUAGCUCAGUCAGCAGAGCGUGAGACUCUUAAUCUGAAGGUCACGGGUUCGAGCCCCACAUGGGGCAAAAGUUUUCUGCAUUGCAGGGGGUUGGACUAGAUGACCCUAGUGGUCCCUUCUAUGAUACCUUCUUCAGGGGAAAAUCUGGAAUUUUUUUCAGGUAGGUUAGGAAUGAGUAUCUUUCAUCUUUUCUCACUUCCUUCCUUGCAGUUAGCAUGGCGUCCGGUUCAGAAAAUCCUCUCUCUAGCUACGAGACAGACGACAGCCAAACCUCAAAGCUGAUCAGAAAGUCCCGGGAGUCUCCAUUCGUCCCAAUUGGUAAGUUGCUCUGACACAGAAACAUUUCACCAUCGCCCUCCUUUUGUGAUCUAGGGAAGAAACGCAAUUCCCCUCUUAGGCAAUGGGUAUAAACAAAGUCUUGGACAGUCAGCAAAUUCCCUUGAGAUGUUGCUUCGUUGUUGUACCCAGUACAGUAGAACUGAAUUGAAGUUUGAAUUGAAUUGAAAUACUUUAUUGUCACUUGUACAACUUGUAUACAGUGAGAUUACACCAGCACCCCCCACUCAGCUCUCUUACUCUUAAUUCCCCUUGUUUACUGACGCACAGCCACCAAACCCGAAAGUCAGUUGCCCUGUUGUUAUCUUUUCAUUCAGCAGCCUAACAGCCCACGGAUAGAAGCUGUUCUUUACCCUGUUGGUGCGACUAAUCAUGCUUCUAUAUCUUCUGCCCAAGGGCAGGAGAUCAAGAAAGUGCCGGCCAGGGUGUGAAUCAUCCCUGAGAAUUUUCCUCACUCUCCUGGGGCAAUGUUCUUCCUCAGAUUCAUGGGACAGCCCAUAAUAUCUUGUGCUGUAUUCACCACCCUCUGUAGGCACUUCCUAUCAGCUGGUGUCCAUCCAGCGUACCAGACCGUGAUGCAGUAGGAAAGGACACUUUCUAUUGUGGACCAGUAGAAGGAGAUCAUCAGAUGUUGAUUGACAUCAUUCUUCCGCAAUACUCUGACCAGACUUUUUGAAGACAUAUGAAGGCAGCCCUGUUAUGGGAAGUUUUUAAUGUUUGAUGCAUUACUGUAUUUUAAUAUUCCAUUGGAAGCCACCCAGAGUAGCUGGGGAAGCCCAGCCAGAUGGGCGGGUUAUCAAUUAUCAUCAUCAUCAUCUAAUGUACCACCAUGUGGUGGAAAUGUAAAAAGGAAAGAAAAUUUUGGGAAAUUAUUUCUAAUGAGUUUAAAAAACAAGUUCAGCUUAACUUUUAUCUAAAGCCCGCAAGCCUUUCUUUUAGGCAUCAUUGAUGCAGAUAUUCUGAAGGAACUGAGAAAGGUAUUCAUGUAUGCAAUUACUGCUGCGAGAAUGUUAAUAGCUAAAUGGUGGAAAGGAGAUAAAUACCAACUGAAAUGGAGGGGCAGGAGAAAUUAUUUGAAUAUGUAGAAGUGGCAAAGAUGACAGGAAAAAUUAGGAAGCAGGCAAACCAAAAGUUCAACAAAGAAUGGGAUUUAUUUAGCCUAUAUUUAAAAGAACAUUGUUCUCAUAUGAAAUCUUUGACAUGCUUUGAUUAACUUCGGCAAUGUAAUACGCUUCAAAGGUUUAUGGUAAGUCAAAUGAUAAACAAAUAUGCAGUCAACAAGUAAACAAAGGACCCAUACUGAGGGUGAUGGAAGUCUCAACAUAUGGAGGAACUUUAUUUUACAGUCACACCUCAUGUUACGUCCGCUUCAUGUUACGUUAUUUCAGGUUACGUCCCAUGGCAACCCGGAAGUACCGGAAAGGGUUACUUCCGGGUUUCGCCACUCGCGCAUGCGCAGAUGCGCAAAAUGACAUCACACGCAUGUGCAGAAGUGACGAAUCGCAACCUGUGUGUGCGCAGACGCGCCACUGCGGGUUGCGCUCUUUUCAUGUUUCAAACAGGCCUCUGGAACGGAUCUCGUUCGCAGCCAGAGGUACCACUGUAUAUGUAACAUUUUCUUUGUAACUGAUGUGAUCUCUUUUUUCUUUCUUUUUUUUGUGGUGAAGGGACCUAAUAUUUUAAAAAAAUCAGUAAAGAUUAAAUUGCAAAAAAGAGAAAAGAAUCUAGCGUUUCCCUCCAACUCUACAAUUGAAACGGAGGCGUUUGAAAAGCACUUUGUGACGGCGUGUGACGCUUGAGGGUUUUCAGAUGUUCAGUGCAAGCAACUUCCACGAACCUUAGCAAAGUUUUGCAUCCCAGGCGCGGCUAGUUCCCUGUCUCUUUCUUUCUCUCUCACACACUUUUAUCAAGAGUUCUGUUGAGGGUGUUGCCAUGGCUGGCAAACAAGGGAUUCAAAAACCUACAGUGCGCUUCUCACCCUCUCUUCCCCUUUUCCAGGCAUUUCGGGUUUUGCAGCCGUGGUGGCCUACGGGCUGUACAAGCUGAAGCACAGAGGGGACACCAAAAUGUCCGUCCACCUGAUUCAUAUGCGUGUCGCAGCGCAGGGCUUCGUUGUGGGGGCCAUGACCUGCGGUACGUACUGAAACGGGAGACUCCUGUGGCUUGAUCUGCUAGGCGGCAAAUAGCCUUUCCCUGAAAACCUUUGUUUCAGCUUCCCAAGGGACCGGAGAGGGUGGGUUGAUCUGGGCUGCUCUUGUGCUGUGCAGACUGUUUCCUGUGAUCUGAGUGGCAAGAGCCUUCUAUCAGGUGGAGGAUCAACGUUCAAAGUUGGAGUCAACUCUCCAUUAGCAAAAACAUGAUAUUCACAGACUUGGCUGUUGGUUCUAAUGAGCACAGCAGGUCACCCUUGGUAGGUCUGGCCCCAUGAAUCGGCUGCUGAGACUGAAAGUCUCUGCCUUCCCACAGCCAUCUACCGUAUUUCUCGCUCUAUAAGACGCACCAGACCAUAAGACACACCUAGUUUUUGGAGGAGGAAAACAAGAAAAAAAUAUUCUGAAUCCCAGAAGCCAGAACAGCCAGCGGGAUCGCUGCACAGCAAUCCCUCUUGCUGUUCUGGCUUCUGGGAUAGCUGCGCAGCCUGCAUUCGCUCCAUAAGACGCACACACAUUUCCCCUUUAUAGGAGGGAAAAGGUGUGUCUUAUAGAGCGAAAAACACAGUAAGUUCCCUCCCCUUCAGGGCUUUUCCCAAGCAAUCAGAGACUAUGCCUCUGUGCAGCCAAGCUCUUCUCUGCCCUUUUCAUGCCACUUCUGAUUCUGGGAGUCAGAGGGGGGUGGAGCUUGUUGCAGCAGGAGGUGGAAACACCCAUGACUCUUCACAAGCCUGACUCAUCUCUGCCUCUUGGCCUCCCUCCUCUCCUGCUUCCGUCUCUGCCUCUGAUUUUGGAUUUCUCUCUACCACAAAUUCCCCCUGCUCACUAAGCCCCAUUCCCUCUUCAGCUUGCAACACCUCCUCCUCCAGUCCCAGUCUUCUCCCUCUGCUCCCUCUGACCACUCAUCACUGCCCCACCAUGACUCCCCGAGCUCUGAGCCUUCUUCCCAUGAUGGUUCCCAAGCUGCUUCCUCUGCACCAUAGCUGUCAACCGUCCCUUAUUUGGUGGGAACCUCCCUUAUCCCAGCGCCGUGUCCUGCUGCUGUCCCUUAUUGAUGAUGUCCCUUAAAUUUCCUGGGUUUCAAAGGAAGCAGCUCCUCUCCCUCCCUGCCUGCCGGCCAGGGAGAAGGGAGACUCCAACUGUGUUGCUUGGCUGCCCGGCCCACCCCCCUCUGGCCUCCUCUCACCAGCCUUGGCCCCCGGGAGCCCCUCCCCACUGGGACUGGCGGGAGCCUCGGGCCCUUCCACCGCCAUCCUCCUCACAGCCACCGAACUGAGCAUCUCUGCCUGGGGCCUCCACUCUGCCCUACGCCGCCGCUCCCGCUAGGCCGUACUGUGGCUGCACCGCCGAAGGACCCGGAUGAGAUGGGCAGCCUGGCGUGGCCUAUGAAUUGCUGAGGAGCCUUGAGAGGAGAGUGAGGGCAACCACAGAGAACCAUAGAGAGAGGAGGAGGAGGAGGAGGAGGAGGAGGAGGAGGCGCGGGCAGGUGUUCCAAGGGCUAACCAUAGAGGGGGAAAGUGGAGGAAGGACCACAAGCGCUUCUCCCAUAGAUUUGUAGUGGUAGACUAGCAUAGAUGGUCUGAUCUGUGGGUUUAAUUCGGGCGCUAUUCCUCCCCCUUCCUCCCGCCCCGCCUGAUGGAACUGAGAGCUGCAGAUGGAGCACGAGAGAAAAGAUACAGAACUGCAGCAGCAUCUUCGUAGCUUGGACUUCGUUUUGCGUGAAAAGUGGUUGCUGCUUGUAGUUCUUUAAUUGCAGUGUUUCAUCAGCUGGUGUCUUGAGCAGCAACCUCUGGAAAUGAAGGGCUAAAAACCGGCGCUGCUCUCCAAAAUUACCUGGUCCCUUUUAACUUCGCAUUUCAGCUGGUUGACUAAAAUCCCUUAUUUUGGCUGCUGAUCCCUUAUUUUCAAGGCAGCUGGUCCCUUAUUUUCAAAUCUGUAAGUUGACAGCUAUGCUCUGCGCCUAUUACACUGAAAUAGAAACAGACAAACUGAUCCCUGGCAAAGUGUUCUGGACCUUCCCCCCCCCCCCCGGCCGCCCUGAUUUUACCUUACAAGAUGCAUGUCCCACAUAGUAAGAAUACGCAACAGAUCACACUGUUAAAUCUGACUUCCUUGGUAGGUUGUGAUAACCACUGUUUGGAAUAGGUCUUCCAGCAAGGAUGUAGUUUUUGUUGCCGUCUCUUUCCCCAGUCAAAGAAAGACGGCUUUGAAUUCAAACCCUCCUAUCUAACAUGCCUUUCUCUCUCCCCCCCAGGCAUCAUUUAUUCCAUGUAUCAAGAAUACUGGGUGAAGCCCAAGCCCUAG